AUGGGUGCUAUUCAUGAUGAGCCAUUCACUGCCUGUGGAGACGAAACAGAGUGUUUUGGAGGCAAUAGAGAGGGAAGCCAGAGUUUUCAUUCAAGUUCCACUAAGGAAGAGAACCUUGAGGAUUCCUAUCUCUACCUAGUGCACCAGAGGAGUAUGAGCAUCUUCUUCUGGGACGAGAGAGCCAACACCGGAGUGGCUGGUGCGGUUGAUGAGGGUAAAAUCAUAGAUUUUGAAUUCUUGAACCCCGACGAAAAAAGGAUCAUAGAAGAACAUGCCAAUAAGGAACGUGAAGAAGGAGUAGACGUGAUACUCGUAAAUUUUGAUCGAAGGGAAUAUAUGUUGAAUUUGAGGAGAUGGAACAUGGGGACCUCUCCUCUAUACAUUUUGGUUUCAGGGCGGUAUAAUGUGGUCAAAGGAUGCCGUCUAAAGGAAGGCAAUGAGAUUCGCAUCUGGUCUUUCCACUUUGAUGACCAGCUCAAUCUCGCUAUGGUUCCUCUUACGCCAACUGAGUCCGGUUAA